UCUCGGCCUCUCGGGUUCGAGCUCUCGGUAUGGAAAAAUCCCUUAAUAGAGAGCGCUAUCCUCGAAUGGACCCUACUCGACGCGAAUCCAGAUUAGUCGAGCUAGCUCCAAUGCAGAUAUCGAACAUCGAAUGAAAAACAAAACACCUCACCCCCACCCUCCCACCCUCCAACCAACCCCCAUAAAAAGACCAAAUACACUCUUCCCAAAACCCCAAUAUAAAACAACAUUCUUCAACUCCACCUUUAUUCCAAAUACCUCUCAUCACUUCCUAGUGAUCCCCAAAAAACACACACACACACAAAAAAAAUAAAAAUCAAACUCCAUGGAAAGGAUUGAAAGAGAAUCUCUUCAUUUCAAGAAUGUGGAUACCUUCUCUCAACUUCCUAUAACCCGACCCGUUAAAGAAAAGCCCAUUAGGCUUUUCGGUAAAGACUUUGUUGUUGGUGGUGACAGUACGAACACUGUGACCACCACCAACAUGUCUGAAACCAUCGAUAGUAACCCUAUUUUUCACAAUGGGCUUGAAACAAAUACGAUUAGUCGUAUGGACAAGAAUAUUGAAGUGAACAGAAAAUAUGAAUGUCAUUACUGUUAUAGGUGCUUCCCAACUUCUCAAGCUUUAGGAGGUCAUCAAAAUGCACACAAGAAAGAACGUCAAAAUGACAAAUUAGCUCAUGUUCAGUCUUCAAUAGUGCAUGAGAAGAACGUUUACGAGAUAACGAACCGCCAUCGCCUUGGUGAAGCAGCUCCAAGAAUUCAUCAUCAACAUUCAACAUGGGCAAACAAUAUUAGUACUACUCCUCCUAGGUUUUAUGGAAAUGUUCAUGAUCAUGUUAAUGUGAUUAAUCCAAUUAAUGGAAGUGAUCAAUUGAGAUUUUGGAAGAUUACUCCAACAGUUCAUCACAAUAAUUCUUCAACUUCUUGUUCUAAUUUAGGUUUUUCUAAUGAUGAUUUGAUUAGGACUUCUCCAAUGGUUAAAAUUAGCACUAAUUGUGAGGACAAUUUU